AUGCUUCUGUUGACGACAAUCGUGGGAUGGCUUAUGACCACCGAUUGGGUGCAGACGAAGAUGAAAGACGUGCCCUUCUGUUCGGGCGCAGCCGUCUGCGAGAACGCCGUCGGAUAUCUGGCGGUCUAUCGUAUUAUGUUUGCGUUGACCGCUUUCUUCGUCCUCUUCUGUCUGAUGAUGAUUGGCGUGAAGACCAGUAACGACGGAAGGGCUGCCAUUCAGAACGGAUUCUGGGGAAUCAAGUACUUAGUGCUGAUCGGCAUAACAGUCGGCGCUUUCUUCAUACCAGAAGACAGUUCUUUCGGAGAGGUGUGGAAGUACUUCGGACUCAUCGGUGGCUUUCUGUUUAUUCUGAUUCAACUCAUACUUCUGAUAGACUUCGCGCACUCAUGGGCUGAGAAUUGGGUGGAGAAUAUGGAAGAGACCGGUUCCAAGUGGUAUUAUUGCGGACUGGUAUUCUUCACGAUUUUCAACUAUUUGGCUGCACUGACAGCUAUUGUGCUGUUUUACGUGUAUUACACACAAUCACAGGGCUGUCAUUUGCAUAAGUUUUACAUCUCAUUCAACCUUAUAUUGUGUGUCAUUAUGUCUGUCCUCUCGAUUCUGCCCAAAGUGCAGGAAUGUAUGUAUUAUUAG